AUCUGCCAUAGACUGAACAGUCUGAUUUCACCUGAUGUUACAAUUUAAAGUAAUUUUCACAAGUUUAUGUGACAUUACUACAGAGGGGGGGUUUGGAAUCCUCUUUACGCGCCAAAAAAGCGCAUCAUCACGAGCAGCGUCCUCCCCUUGACAACCGGCCCGCAUCAGAGAGUAAUCCACUGGUGUUUAUUUUUAGAAGCUCUCGGAGCCGCUGCGCGCUCUACUCUCGUUCAACACUCACUCCAUGUCCCUCCGGUCAAUAAUUCAUACGCUGUAGGCCUGCAGCGAAGAGUCAGGGAGCAGGCUGCAACUUACUCCGAGCCCACAGGACGCCAAGGAAACACACAGGGUGCACCGCCGGGGCGAGCGAUGCACCCCAAAACUAUGAGGCAGCAAAACACACAGCACAACGGCAGUGAACAAGCCACACCAAUGAGAAAACAGUCCAGCAUUCAGAGAGCCCAAACACGAGCUUCCAUGACCACAGAAUACCAGGAGAGGUUCCUGCCUCCCCACUGCCACACGACCGUCGUCUCAACCUCGACCCAAAAAAACCCUUACCACCAGCUGAAGGGUACGAGCGCCAAUAUGACCACAUUUAGGUCAUACUAUGUCACCCACAAAUGUAUAAAAAACCCACCCAAGGCUCCACAGCCAUCUUUACCACCCAAAAACCACCGGAGAUGUAGCAGCGCUCCACAUGAUGCAACUCGCUUUGUCGCGAACCAGCUGGCAUCCAAAGUGGAGGACUACACAUCAGUGUACAAAAAUGAUUUCCGAGCAUGGACAACAAAUAAGCGCCAGCCGUACAGGCUCAAUGACAGCCUGAAAGUCAACCAAGGAUUAGUUGUCACAAAUGGUACAUCCAAAGAAGAUCAGUCCCAGAAAAAUUCAGCGCAAGCGGAUGCAAAUUCCAAACCAGUUCAGAAGCAAGAACCACAACCAUUUGAAAGCAUCACCAGCUACAGGUCUGAUUACAUCACCCAUCCAGUGCAGCCCCGGAUACGCAGGGAGAAGCCUGUGAAGCAAACCAACAAAGGUCUGCCAUUAGAGCCCGUAGCAUCCUUUGGGCCGAAGUUGGCUUGGCACAUAAACCAAGAGCUUUUUGAUGGAGCAAGUGAUUUCUUUCAGCAAUUCAAGACCUGGUCUCUUGAAACAAAGUUCCACGGCCAAGGUAAAGCCAAAGCGUCCAGUCCAGCAGAUGACAACCCAUUUGUCUCCACAACACAUACAGACUACACACCACACAAGUGCCAGCGCACCAAGCCAAUCCUGCCAUGUGUGACAGGUAAUGAGAAAAGCAAGGAGCCUUUUCAGACGACAACUACCAUGAAGGAAGAUUACAAAGCAUGGGACACACCGCGUCGCCUCCCCAUUAUCCGUAAAGAAGAGAUGGAAUGGCCCAAGAAAACCCCCUUUUCAGUGUCCACAUCUAAGCCUGCUGAGAGCUGCAAAACAAACCCAAAAUCUUUUAGCCUCCAUCCUAACACCAUCUGUAAUUCCAGCUGUAAUGCCACAGAGAACCCUCAGUGUCCUGCUGAGAAUGGAACACUCUCCAGCUUUGGGUGCAUCUCCAAUGGGGCAGAAGAAUCCAGGAUGUACUGGUCCACCUCUGUGGACAGAGAAGCGACUUGGCCUGAUGGUGACAUUUGCAAUGACCCAUCUCAGCCCCACCAAAUUAUCAGCUGCAUGGUUUCUAGCAGAAGCUAAGGCUUCCUUGAGACCAAGGCACUGAACGAUGGGUGUACUGGUACCACACAUUACCUCAGGUAGUCACUACCUUUACAGCAAUAAAAGCCAUAAAUGGAACUGAGAUUAUGUAACGGCAGCUAUUUUUGUACAACUACUCCACAGCAUCUCAUUUUGAGGGUUGUGUAAUUAAAAAGUUUGAAGGAAAUUCAUACUCACUUUGGGAGACAAGUUAAACAGCUAAAUGUUUUCUAUCACAACAUACAUCUUCCACUUCAUUAACAGUGUGUAAAUAAACAUUUUUGCAACUGAAACAGCUGCUAGUGA